AUGACAUCAUCUAAAUUUACUGAAUUAUAUGUUGUUCCAUUUCCAACUCUACUCGGUGACGACGCUGAUGGUUCGCUUGCGCGACCAUAUUCAUCAUUAAAACGAGCUCUUGAUCAUGUAGAACAUAAGUAUUAUCGUAGUAUGACAAGUUUACCACGGCGAACGGCUAUAUAUUUGUAUCCAACGUAUCAUUUCGUAAAUACUCUUCACUUAAAUAGAGCUCAUAGUCGCAUACGAAUAACAACAAUGAAUACGGAUAUGACUGCCUUUUACGAAGAACUUAUUGUACGUGAUCAUACAUAUCGACGAUUGUCGAGAGCAAGUAUUAGUGGUGGAAUGCCAAUAACUCAUUGGAUUGAAAUUGAUGAUGAUGUAUACAAAGCUGUCGUACCAUCAACAGUAUAUGUUAAUCAAUUAUUUGCUGAUGAUCGACGAAUUAUUCGUACACGUAUACCAAUGAAUCAAUCAGCUUAUCUUCAAUAUGAAGCACCAUUAAAUGAUCCAAAUCAAGCUCGCUAUGGUUUUCAAUAUGUUCAAGGACAAUUUGAUUCUAUUCCAUUAAAUGAUGUUAUGGUAGUGGUAUAUCAUAGUUGGACAACAUCACAUCAUUAUAUUGAUCAAAUUAUUACAUCGAAUAGAACGAUUUUAUUUACAAAUCCAUCCGAUCUUCCUAUUGGAACAUUUACUAUGCAAGGAAAACGACGAUUUCAUAUAGAAAAUAGUUGUCUAGCACUUGUAUCAAAUUCAUUUUGUUUUGUUAAUGAAACAAAAACUAUUUAUCUUAAGACAAAUGGUUCUUAUAAUCCAAAUAACAUACAAAUAAUUACACCAAUACAUGAAUUUAUUAUGUUAAUUGCUAGUACUGAUGCUAGAUAUCCCAUUAAUAAUAUUAUUAUUGAUAAUAUUGCAAUACAACAUAGCGCAUGGAAUAUUGGUCGUAGGCAACAAGCAGAUUCACAAGCAGCUGCAUUUCUUAAUUCUGCUGCACUUUAUAUUGCUAAUGCAACAUCAAUUAUUAUUUCAAAUGUUGAAAUUAAUCAUAUAGGUUCAUAUGGAAUAUGGAUUAAAGAAGGAACAACAAAUGUCAAUGUUUUUAAUUCAUUAGUGACUGAUACAGCUGCUGGUGGUAUCCGAAUUGGUCAAAUGAUAGCAUCAGUAUCAACACCAACUACUUCUAUUAAAAUUAUAUCCAAUGAAGUUAGUUAUGGUGGUAAUGUAUUUCCUAGUGGUGUAGCUGUCAUAGUUCAUUGUGCUAAUGAUGUUAUUAUUGCUGAUAAUAGUAUACAUCAUCAUCGUAAUUCAGGUAUAUCUGCUGGAUCGGUGUUGGGCUAUAAAGAAUCAUAUACAAGUAAUAUUAUUAUUCAAAAUAAUUAUAUUUAUAAUAUUGGACAACAUAUUCUAUGUGAUCAAGGUGGUAUAUAUACACUUGGUAUUCAACCAGGAACAAUUAUUGAUGGUAAUGUUAUUAAGAAUGUGUUUAGUUAUGCAAUUUUUAUGUGGGGUAUUUAUCUUGACGAAGGUACAUCACAAGUCAUUGUUUCUAAUAAUAUUGUAUAUAAUACUGGUUGGGCUUCGUUUUUUCAACAUUAUGGUGCUAAUAAUACUAUUGUCAAUAAUGUAUUUGCAUGUGCAUCAGUUAAUCCAGCACCACAUUCUGAUGAUACUGAUCCAGAUGGUGAUAUUCAUAUUGGACUUGCUGAAAAUCAUACAUCAAUAAUAUUUACACGUAAUAUUAUCUAUGAUACAUUUCAAGGAGAAAAACAUUCAGUUUAUCUAUCAAGUCCUAAUGUAAUUGCACCAUUUAACGAUAAUGUUUAUUAUAAUCCCUAUGGUACUUCAUUACUAUUUGGAUCACAACAAGUAUCAUUCAUUGAAUGGCAAAAAACUGGACAAGAUAAUAAUAGUGUAAUAGCAGACCCAUUAUUUAUUGGUGAUGUUAAUCAAUGUGAUUUUUUUACUAUCCGAUCCGAUAGUCCCGCAGCAAAACUUGGCUUUGCAAAUAUAACUAAACUUUCGAAAUGGACUUCUGGAUGUGAUGCAAAUGAUGAAAAUGAUAAUAAUCAAUUUUAUCAUUGGUAA